GUUCAAACAGCACAGUCUCAAAUCAUCAAGGUGAUACGGAUAUUCGGCACCUGGACUGCUCUCUGCUUUGAAAAAAGGUCAGACGUCAUUUAAUGACAGUAUGGAGUUCUGGGGACCUCCUAAAAUGAUUCUUCUAACUGCUCUGUUAAAUGGUGUUUGGUGUAGAGAUUUUAACAUCAGUCUGCCGGGGAGGACUGACGCUCUGAGAGGAUCAUGUGUCAUCAUAAACUGCGGAUUCGAUAUUAAUAGCACAUAUGACAGAUAUCUCAAUGACAGUGCAUUAGGAGUGUGGUAUAAAGAUGGUCAUCAAGCAAGUAAUCUAGUGUUUAAUUCCAGCAGCCCUGUAAACACCUUUAAAGGAAACAUAACCGGAAAAUUGAAAAACAAAAACUGUACCACCAUCUUUUAUAACGUUAGUUUAAAUCAUAAUGGCACAUUUUUCUUCAAAAUUGAUGGUGGAUUGAAAUGGACCUAUGCGGAAAAAUCUGCUUUAAUAGUUGUUAAUGAAUCUCCUCCGAAACCCACAGUGCAGAUGUUUAAGGAUCAGAUGGAGGUUGAGGGUCAUGAGGAGGUGUUAGAGGGGAGCUCUAUGUGUCUGCGCUGCUCUGCUAAGACUCUCUGCUCCUCUUCUCCACCAACUCUCACAUGGAGCUCCACUGACAGACUCCACCUCAAUGAGAGCAGCAGACUACAGCUGGAUCAACAGAAUCAAACUGAGAUCAUCUCUGAUCUGAACUUCACUGCUACUCACCUUCAACAUGGAGUCACUUUCAUCUGCACUAUAACCUACCAGCUACAGCAGAGGAACACAACAGCACAGAGCAACAUCACAUUACGUGUUCAGUAUGCCCCUAAAGUAUCUUUCUCAUCAAGCUGUACCCAUAGGGAUGUAACAGAGUAUUUGUGUAAGGCUCAUGGAAAUCCCUUUCCUAAAGUGGAGUGGCGUCUAUCUGGACGUCCUGUCAGUAACUCUACAAACACAUCCAUCAGCGAGGAGCGAUUGAGCAGCACAGACUUGAGUAGCUUCAUUUCUCUCCAUCAGUCACUUACACACACAGACAUUCUGCAGUGUGUUAUCAUCAACACUCACGGCACUGCCAGUCAACAGAUUCAGUUGGUUCUCUUAGUCAAAGGCCAAAGACGUGCCACAGAUGUCCUAAAAACUGAAGCCAACUAA